AAGCCUCUAAAACUCCAUCCUUUUCCAGCAGUUUCGCCCCUUCUCAGUUCAUCAUCUGAAGAAAACAUGGAGGGAUCUUUGAUCUGGAUUCUCGUUGUACACAUUUUGGUAAUUGCCUAUCAAGGUGAAGUCGGUGCCUCUGAUCGAAUUCAGAAGAAUUUCCAAUACAAUCCCAAGCAGCCGCACAGAACAGCCUAUCACUUCCAACCUUCUAAAAACUGGAUGAAUGAUCCAAAUGGUCCAAUGUACUACAAGGGAAUUUACCAUCUCUUCUACCAGUACAAUCCUUAUGCUGCAGUGUGGGGUAAUAUUACCUGGGGGCAUGCUGUAUCACAUAAUCUGAUUGAUUGGAUCGAUCUUGAGCAUGCUGUUGAGCCAACUGAGCCUUAUGACAUCAACGGUUGCUGGUCUGGCUCUGCAACAAUCCUUCCAGGAGGAAAUCCUGUAAUUCUGUACACUGGAGCUGACUUUAAAAACCGUCAAGUUCAAAACCUGGCUGAGCCCAAGAAUCCAAGUGACCCGUAUCUGGAAGAGUGGAUAAAAGCAAAAUAUAAUCCUUUGAUGACUCCAAUUAAUGGGAUUGAUCCACAAUUUUUCAGAGAUCCAACGACAGCCUGGCAGGGGCCGGAUAAAAGAUGGCGAGUGGUUGUUGGGAGCCAAAUUGAUGGUCAUGGGACAGCACUUCUAUAUCGCAGCAAAGAUUUUGUAACGUGGACUAAGAGCGAAAAACCCCUGCAUUUUUCAAAUAAAACAAAAAUGUGGGAGUGCCCUGAUUUCUAUCCUGUGAUUGUUAGUCGCAGAAAUGGACUUGACACUUCUGUGCAUUCGAAGAAUAGUAAGCAUGUGUUGAAAGCAAGUUUUAAUGAUCAGGACUACUACAUUAUUGGAACCUACAAUCCAGAAACUGACAAAUUUAUCCCUGAUGUCGACUUCAUGGAGAGCUAUUUGAAACUGAGGUAUGAUUAUGGGAUAUUCUAUGCAUCUAAGACAUUUUAUGAUAGUGCCAAGAGAAGAAGAAUAUUAUGGGGAUGGGUAACUGAGGCGGAUGAUAAAAUAGACGACAUCAAGAAAGGGUGGUCAGGACUUCAGUCAAUUCCUAGAAGUAUCGUGCUAGACAAAAAUGGCAAGCAAUUAACACAGUGGCCAAUCAAAGAAAUUGAGAGAUUGCGCCGAAAAGAGGUUAACCUUCAGAAUAAGGGGAUCAAGGGAGGAACGGCUUUCGAAAUCACAGGCAUCACAGCUUCACAGGCUGAUGUAGAAGUCUCAUUCCACCUGCCAAAUCUUCAUGAUGCUGAGUUGAUACAUCCGGAAAAAGUUGAUCCCAAAAUUCUUUGCAGCGAGAAGAAUGCCUCCACAAAAGGAGUUAUCGGGCCAUUUGGCUUGAUGGUCUUGGCUUCGAAAAACUUGACUGAACGAACUGCUGUUUUCUUUCGGGUAUUCAAAAGCCAUGAUGAUAAAUACGCUGUGCUCAUGUGCAGCGAUCAAACCAGGUCUUCUUUGCGAAAAGAGGUUAACAAAUCCAGCUUCGGGGCUUUUGUUGAUGUAGACCCCAAAGAAAACAUUUCACUGAGAAGCUUGAUUGACCAUUCAAUUGUUGAAAGUUUUGGAGGUGGUGGAAAGACUUGCAUUACUUCUAGGGUUUAUCCAGAGUUAGCUGUUGGUCAAGAAGCCCACCUCUAUGUCUUUAACUAUGGGACGAAAAGCGUUACCAUCUCAAAUUUACAUGGUUGGAGCAUGGGAAGAGCUAAAAUUUUUCCAGCACAUGGAAGAAGAAUGUUCCCUACUCCAAAUUAGUUGUCAUAAAGUUUAUCCAUGAUAUCGGUUUUUAUUUGCUGGGAAUCAAACUUAGGUUUCUCUCUCUUCUUUGUGUCAGUAAUUCGCAUUAGUUUGCUUUGCUUUUCAAUUAUGUACCAGUUAUCCAGAAGCAAAUCAAGUCAACCAAAACUUUCAGUAAUAAUGAUAUUGGGCUUUGAAUCCAACUAUGUUUCAUAUU